AUAAAUAAGCUCAAGGUUAUCGUGAAAGAUGAUAGCCGAGGUGUUCCGGUUGCCUGUCCAUAAAUCGAAGCCCAUCAGGAUAUAGAUCAAUAACGAACUGAAAUGGAUGUCGCGACAGAAAAUCAAGAACAAGGAGAACGUAUUGAUGAAAUCAGCUUCAAGGAUAGCUUAGGUGAAUCGGAUUUAACUUUGAAAAUUGAGGACAAAAAGAUCUACGUGUGUAAAGCUGUGUUGUGUAUAGCGUCACCUGUGUUUAAAGCAAUGCUGAAAACAGAGUUUAGAGAGAAAGACCAGACAGAAAUUGAACUACCGGGAAAGAAGUAUGAAGAUUUCGUAGAGUUCCUGUGCUGCGUUUAUCCCGAUAAACUGAAAUUAAUAACAGAGACAAAUGCAUACAGAGUUCUGCCGCUCGUUUCGGAAUAUCAGGUUAGAAUUCUUGAAAAAAGAAUCCAUGAGCUACUUAUUAAAUUAGUGAACGGAAAACACAAAUUGAAUAACACAGAGCUAUACAGGCAUCUACAAUUAGCUGAACGAUACAAUUUAGAUGAACUGAAAGAUCAGUGUAUCGCCUUAGCGUCCGACUUGAGUCUUGACAAAAUGGAAAAUGGCUCGUCUAAGUUUUGCGUCUCGGAUAAAUCAGUUCUACAAAUAAGAUAUAUGGCCUUGCAAAAGAGAGAGAAACUUCUACAAGCCAAUGAAUUGGAUAGGGAAGAUGAUAUGCAUUUAUUUAAAAACGCGAAUAAAUGGGUACAUGCGACUUCUGGGGAAUACAUUAUGUACAGUGCUUUUAUAACACAAAGGGUGGAGAUUACAGACAAAAGCUGUUCUGAAAUUUUAAGAGCAAUACGGUUAUGUGUCCGUUACUUUAAUAACGAACCGGAUAAGCUUGAAAGAUUCAUUUGCUCACUUAACGCGAAAACAGAUGUUGAACUUCAAGCAGUUAAAAGAGAAUUGGAACUUCUACCAGAACAUGUCAAAACGUCUUUAAGAAAGGUUGACACGAAGUAGAUUAAGAAGAAACAUAAAAAACAGAAGAAUAUGAAUUUAAACUUCUUAAAGCACAUAACUUUUCUAUAACAUUAUAAAAUUAGAAAUAUGUUAAAGUGCAACUUCCGACUGAAAUUGAUGCCCUUUCAUGGAUUGUUUAUUAACAACUACAAAAGAUAUCUGACUGAGCCAUGUUUUGUAUUUUCAAAACAUGAAAAAAUGCACCGCGGACAGUUCCAAAAAAUCAUAAGAUAAGUAAUAUUAUUCACAUAUACGUAUAUUUACUUGUAUAUCACACAUGGUAUUUUUUCUAAAGUUGUUUAUACCUGACAGAGUUGCAAUCGUUGAAAUCAAAUUAAUUUAAGACUAUUAAUUAUGGCAUGCUAAAAUAAGUACGAGUACAGUUUAAUGCAAAAAAUCAUUCAAGGAAACAAACCAUGCAAAAUUUGUAUUUAAAAAUUAAUUUACUUCGUCAUAUCAUUAGAAGAAAUUUAUUGCAAAAAAAAACAUGUAGUCGGGGCGUCAUCAGAUCAGGUUUUUUAUUUUCUUGACAUCAGUAUAAAGCACAAAGCUUUAAACCUAAGGAAAAUUGGCUCGAGAAGCCCGCGUGUUUUGACCAUUUUUUGGAUAUCUCAUUUUUGUUCCAAUUAUAUAAAAAGUGUUUAAAUUUCGAUAAAAAAUUGGAUUCAACCGUUUAAACACCAUUUGUGACUCUGUUGCAGAUUAGCAAUUACAAUUACAUUACUUCUCACACUAGGAAAAUGGUCUCGGUGGCUCGUUUGACAAUGUCGAUUUUUGGAUCUGCAAUUCGUUCUUUCUGUAUAUGAAGUGUAUAAUUUUUUGUAAAAAACACUUUUUUUGGUGCAAACCUAAAAAAACACCAUUAGUGUUAUUCUGUUGCAGAUUAGCCCUUGUAGUAGUUUGAAGGUUCGUAUUAAAAACAUUUCUUUUAGUUCUUUCUGUAUGUACAUGUAUUGUAUACAUGCAUUUUUGAAAGAUACACCGUUUUUUUAUCCAAUCGUUAAAAAAUAUUUGUGAUUCCGUUGCAGUUAAGCAUUUGCCUUAGUUUAAAGUCGUUUCAUUUACAACAAUGAACAAAGCUCUAACCAAAAUAAAAAAUAUAAAAAACUGGCCAAGAGAGGCCCGUGUAAAAUAGUCGAUAUUUUUUAUCAGCAAUUUGUUCCGUCUGUAUAUAAAGUGUACACAGUUUCUUUAAAAAAAACACCUUUUUUUGGUGCCAAACGUUAAAGCUUAUUUGUAUUUUUUCGUUGCGGUACUUUUGAAGUUUUCUUUACAGAAAUAUAAGACAAAGGAAAAUGGUUUUUAUUACUUCGAAUGGGCAGUGGCCUUUGCGGUAGAUAUCUCCCCUUUUGUCCCUAGUUUUAUUUCUUUAAUUUUGCCCUCCCCCCUCCCCAAUUCUCCUAUACCCUUCCCCUGUGCCCUUUUACUAGGUGGGCCUAUUAUCUAUCAAUCAUUUAUUAGUAUUCGUUGUUUUUGUUUUCCUUGUCGGUUACUAUCAUUUCUUCUUAUGUAUGAUUUUAGUGAUCAGCCUGUUGAUGCUCUGCCAUGCACCCUGUCCUGUUUUUGUCCUCCUGGGCUCCUUGUCACUGGUUCUUGUUGCUGGGUCGUGUGGGGGGUUGCGUUCAUUGAACUCGGCCUUUCCUUGAUAUUGAUUUUCAUAUUUUAUUACAGUUUCAUGAAAACAUCAUUAGGGUGACUGAACGCGAGCGUAAAGCUUUGUGCCUUAUUUUGCUGUAAACUAAUACAAUAUUCUAGUUCAUUACGUCAACGCGCGCGUUUCAUCUUUAGGGUGCGAAAGAACAAAGAGGCGAAACAAACAAAAAGAAACUGGGAUUGGUGCAGAAAAAAGCAAAAUUAACUUAAGAAGAACUAGAUGGACACAAUAUAAGGGAGCAUAGAAGAAAGUAUAGAAAGAUCAAUGUGUAUAAGACAGUGUUACAUGAAGCGUCGCCUAUUUUCCAAGCAAGCUUAAAACCGAGUCCAGGGAGAAAGUUCAAACAGAUAUUGAGCUACAGGAAAUAUCUAUUCUAUUCAACAUUAAUUUUAUCUGAAAUUCGAUAAGUUAAUAGAGUACAAUUAUCGUUAUAUCGGGAAAGAAUAUAAGCAAAUAUAUUGAACAAAAAAGGAAAAUUCCGUGCAUUUAAGUGCAGGUAUACACACAUGAAAAUUAGGAUUAAAGUAGAUUGAUAUGUAUAUGUUAGUGUUCAUCCGUGCUGUUCUACAGAAAUUAGAAACUUCGACGGGAGCGAUGGCGACAGGAGAAUGUUUCUAAUUUCUGUAGAACAGCUAAGGAUGAACACUAACAUAUUUAGUGUCAAGCUUUAUUUGGCCCUUGAUUACGUCACUACGCGGUCCUAUGAAGCACUAUGAAAAAUAGAAGGCGACUAUGAACGGAUUUCAAUAUAGUAUCGACUUUUUUUCUUCUAUGAAAAUUAACACACAUAAUUUUUAAGAAAUACAGCGUUUUCAUUGGAUGACAAAUAAAGCUGGACACUAAGUAUUGAAAGAGUAUUUUAUUGCGAUUUUUUUUUUUGUGAAAGGUUUAUCCAAAAGUAGUGAAACGGUAGUUAAAUGCAGAAGGGGUCGCCCAACAAAAUCACUGAUUUAUAUCGGAUAUGCAGAGAUCGGAUCAGCGUAUUGAUUUCGGCUUGUGAUUUCUUUAAGGUUUGUCUUAGCUGAAUGACCUUUGACGGUAGACUAGGGCGACGUCUUACACGCUGGUCCAAAUUUUCCCAAAGGUUUUCAAUGGGAUUUAGAUCAGGGGUUUUGGCAGACCAGACAUUAGUAAAUGCAAUGCUUUUCGCCCUGAGGAAAUUCACAGUGUCCUUAGCUGUAUGGCUUGUGGCAUAAUCAUGUUUAAAAGAGUGAUAUUGGCAUUAUUUGAAACAGUGAUAUAACAUGUCUUGCAAAAAUUUCAACUCGAUAGCGUUGCGCAUUCAAAUUCCCUUCGGGUAUAAUUUAAUUCAUUUUAUGAUUAUUUAAGGACUCUGGUGCCAAUGCACAACAACACUGAGUGUUUGUAUUGUACAAUUUUUUUACCGCUGCCACACAAAAGACUAUUAGUUCAGCUAUGUUGAAAAUGCGCUUUAAGGCUUUUGUGGGUAUGUUUCUUUUUUAUCUAGAGCUCUAGCAUAAACAAAACUAGGUCAUGCAGUUACAGAAUAGGAAAAUUGCCAGGAGACCAUUGUUGAUAUAAGAAGACAUUCUAGCACUGAUGCUACCAUUUAGUUGUAUGCACCUUUAGUUUUGAUGAAACUACAAAAUAAAUUUGAUUUGAAAAUGAAUGACUACAAUGGCCUGUUUUAAUAGUUUAUUACAUAUAAAGCGUGUACAAGACUAGAAAAUGCUCUACUAUAGUUAACUAUAUUCAGUACUUAAGGUGACAAAAACAGAAUAUUGAUAGUGUUUUUUUUUUUUUAAAAAAGAAACGAAUUUCUGGGCAAAACUCUUUCUUAUACGAAUCUCUUUACAUAUGUCGCAAUUAAGAACAUUUUCUAAAUUAACAUGAAAAUAAAAAUGAAUUAUAAGGUUGUGUUGCUUUCAUAGCAGACAUCCCUGGUUUGUUUUAUAACCUAACAGGUCGCAUAACCCAACAGGAGAAAUAUCGAAA